UACAAGAAAACCCUCAUUUCCAUCGCUCUUCCCCAUUCCAUCCGGGAAAACCCUAACCUUUAGCCCAUUUUGAGCUAACCCCAUUAUGGCUAGUGCUGAUAGAAACGUCCAAAUCUCGAAAAUUGGCAUCAUCGGGGCCGGGGUGAGCGGCUUAGCUGCUGCGAAACAGCUAGCCCGUCAUGAGCCGAUUGUUUUCGAGGCCACCGAUUCGAUCGGAGGUGUUUGGAAACAUUGCUCUUAUAGUUCGACUAAACUUCAAUCGCUUCGUUGUGAUUAUGAGUUUUCUGAUUUCCCAUGGCCCGAUAGAGAUAAUUCAAGCUUCCCAUCGCAUGCUGAGAUCGUAGAUUACGUGGAAGCUUAUGCUAAACACUUUGAUCUGUUGAAGUGUGUGAGGUUCAACUCAAAGGUGGUGGGGGUUCGCUUUAUGGGCGACCAGAAGAUCACCGAUAAUGGUGGAUCGUAUGGAAGUUUGUUGCCGGGUGAGCCGGUUUGGGAGGUUGCUGUGCAAACCGGUUCAGACACUAUUCAGUUGUAUGCCUUUGAGUUUCUUGUUAUGUGCGUCGGGAAAUACGGGGACAUACCCAAGAUGCCGGUCUUCCCAAAAGGCAAAGGGCCGGAGGUGUUCCAAGGCAAAGUCAUGCACUCCAUGGAUUACUCGAAGCUGGACCAGGAAGCUACCACUCAACUUCUCCGAGGAAAGAAGGUUGUGGUCGUUGGCUACAAAAAGUCUGCCAUCGAUUUGGCCAUGGAGUGCGCCGAGGCCAACCAAGGGCCAGAAGGGCAGCCCUGCACCAUGAUCGUGAGGACGCUGCACUGGAUCGUGCCGCAUUACUGGGUCUGGGGAUUGCCGUUCUUCCUGUUCUACUCCACCAGAUUCUCCCAGUUCCUCCACGAGAGGCCCAGCCAGUCUCUCCUCAAGACCCUCCUUUGCCUCCUUUUCACCCCUCUGAGGCGGGGAGUUUCGAAGUUCAUCGAGUCCUAUCUGCUGUGGAAAAUGCCCCUGGCGAAGUACGGCCUGAAGCCGGAGCACCCGUUCGAGGAAGACUACGCCUCGUGCCAGAUGGCGAUCGUGCCCGAGAAUUUCUUCGCGGAGGCGGAGAAGGGCAAGAUCGUGUUCAGGAGGCCGUCCAAGUGGUGGUUCUGGGAAGGAGGGAUCGAGUUCGACGACAAGACGCGGGUGGAGGCCGACGUUGUGGCGCUGGCCACCGGCUUCGAGGGCAAGCAGAAGAUCAAGUCCAUCCUGCCGGAGCCCUUCCGCAGCCUCGUCGAGUUCCCUUCCGGCGUCAUGCCCCUGUACAGGGGGAUGAUCCAUCCGCUGAUCCCGAACGCGGCGUUCGUGGGGUACCUGGAGAGCGUGUCGAACCUGCACUCGGCGGAGCUGGGGUGCAAGUGGCUGAGCCGGCUGGCGGCGGGGGAGUUCAAGCUGCCGAGCGUGGAGGGGAUGCUGGAGCAGACGGCGAGGGAGGUGGAGGUGAGCAAGAGGACCACCAGGUUCUACAAGCGCCACUGCAUCUCCACGUACAGCAUCAACCACGACGACGAGAUCUGCGAGGAGAUGGGGUGGAGCGCUUGGCGGAAGGCGAACUGGUUCUUCGAGGCGUUCAGCCCCUACUCCAGCCAGGACUACGAGAAGGAAAAAUAAAAAAUACUCCAUAAAUAAAUAAAAAACCAAUAAUAAUA